AUGAGAGAAUGGUCAUUAGCGAGGUCGGAAUUCUACUCUUCUCUUUCAUCAACGUUGGCGAAGAGUGCAGCGAAAGGUCAUAUCGGAGGCAACGUCCCGAUCGGCAACACUGCGGGAACACGCAUUCGGAACACAGUAUGGGCUCAACAAUUUCAAAAAUCAAAAUGCCUCUAUUUACAAGGUUAG